UGUUAUCGAUAAACAAGCAGCUGUUUGGGCCAAUGUGAUGUGAAACAACGUGCGCGCAGCUCGCUAACAACAAAUAAUUAUUUUAAUUAUUUAUAUGUGCUGGAAACAAAAACGAACUUAAAAUGGGUGAAUUUAUUGCAGAAAUGCAGGAGCGGCUCCUGCCUGAGUAUGAGCAAAUGAAGAACUUUCAGAUCUUUACGCCAGAGCAAAUCAGAGAAUGCGUACGCAAACGUGAACGUUUGCUAUUGAAUGUGACUAAGAGCCAAAUAAGCAUAGCCGACUAUUUGGAUUUUAUAGUGUACGAGACACAAAUGCAUGCUACGAUUACCGAAAAAGAAAAAGUAAGCGGCAUGAAAUUGCGCGGUUUGAAGACUUCGAUAGCCACGCGCAUCAUUCGCAUGUAUCGCGAGAUGCUGGUGAAGUUUGCGCACGAAAAGCGGCUGUGGAAUAACUUCAUCAAAUUCAGCAAGAAGUCGGCGCCUCAAGAGGUGGCGGGCAUUUAUGAAAAGAUGUUGUCGUAUCAUGGUGGUGAUCCUGAGACCUGGACUAGUGCUGCCUUGUGGUUGUAUGAAUACAGUCGCCUCAAUGUGACUCGUGCCGAGAGCCUGCUGUUGCGCGGUCUUCAACGUCAUCCUUCUUCCGAGCUCAUUAACAAGGUCUUCUUCGAUAUACUUCUCAAGGAGGCGCAACAGGCGGACAGCAAGCGCACGUUAGCUGAUAAUACGAUAUCGGAGCAGGAUAUUCGAUUGGAACGCGUUAUGGCCGUUUAUAAAAAUAGUUUGAAUCACAUAACACACUGGGAUUAUUUCCUCAAAUUGCUCGAGGUGUGCGAAGAUUAUCCCGAGAUGACGGUGGAUCUGCAGGGCGCAAUCAUUGACGACAUGCAAACGAAAUUCUCGCGUAAACCAGCCUUGUGGGAUGCGUUGGCCAAGCGUGAAUUACGUGGCUUUCAUUUGGCUGAUUUAAAUGAUUAUAUGAAGUCAAAAAACAACGACGACGCUAAUGGCGAACCAAGUGAGAAAAAGUCUCGAGUUCAAACUGAUAACAAUGAUGAUGAGAACAUCGAUGAGCAGACGGGGCGACGACGUGUAUGGAAGACGCGCACUAAGAAGUCGUGUAUUGAGAUGUGCGUACAAAUCUAUAAAUCGGCUGUGCAAUACACGGCCACGCCGGAGAUGUGGAAUUUGUAUUUGGAGACGAUGUUGUCACUCAGUCGCAAUCACAAAACUGAACGCAACUUGAUACAACAGUGUUUGGCCAAUGCGCUGCAGGACGGCCACAAUUCCAAGUUGAUGGAUGCCAAGCAUUAUGCCACAUUGAGCAUGAUACUGGGCAACAGCGAUAGUGGCGGUGAUGCUUGUGUACGCAUUCUAACCGAAGCCCUGGAGUUUGAUCAAUCUCUGCGUAUGCAUGAGUUACUGAUGGCGGCGCUCAUACGCAUCGAUGAUGAACCAAAUGUGCACAAGCUGUUUAGUCAGGUGCGCCGCACGCUGGGUGCCGCUGCCUUGCCCAUUUGGCAAAGUUGCAUUAGCUAUUAUCGAGCACGCGGUGAUGCACAGUCGAGACGGCGACUUAACGAUAUCUAUACGUUGGCAUGUAAGGAGACGUGGCCGGAGUUUGUCGACCUGCGUUGUAGCUACUUGCGCUAUCUGUGGCACGAACAUUCGCCGACAAAGGCGCGCGAUGAGUACGCCAAAUUGGCACUGCAGCCGCCCAUGUCAGUGCAGUUGCAUCGUGAAAUGAUCGAGCUGCUGGAGAGCACCGAACUCAGGGAUUUACCGACGAUCAAAUCGUGGCGUAUGUGCUAUGAAUUUAUGGCCACAUAUUUUGGUAAAACGGAACCAGUUGUCUGGGUGGACUAUUUGACCUUUGAGCGGGAUUAUGGCGAGACCAAGAACAUCUCAUUGCUUUGCCAACGUGCACGCUCUACGCUGGAGGCGAAUCUAGUGCCCGAAUUUGAAGAGAAACGUGCAUUGGCCUAUAUUGGUGCCGUAAUAUGAUUUGUCACUGUAUAUUACAUAUACCUACUAAUUUUUUUCUGUUUUAAGCAAUUUU